GACCACGGGGGCACAUGUAGCGUCGGGCCGUAAUAAUAAUUACUAAUUAAGGGGGGUAUCUGGUUAAAUAAUCAGCAUGACACUAGUUGCUCCGGUUAACAAUGUGGCCCCUGGAACUCUUGGUAUCUUCUGGAUACCUUGAAAAAGCAUUACAACUGAUUUGUAUGUUACAUUUACAGAAAGAAGAGGCAGAUUUUGCAUCCAGACCAGAAAGUCAUCUUUUGAAUUUACACUAUAGUGUAAAUGAAAUUGAAAUUGGGAAUUUCAAACAAUCCAUAAAUGCUUGUGAAAGUGAAAGGCCCAAAGCAUAUAACAUCUGUAGGAAAACGUUUAAUCAUCCACAUGAGUUACGGAGACACAUUAGUAUACAUACUGAUGAUAAACGUCAUAAAUGUGAUGUGUGUGAAAAGUCUUUCAAAUGGACAAGGGACUUACAGAGCCACAUGAGAACACAUACAGGUGAUAGACCUUAUAAAUGUGAUGAAUGUGGAAAGGCUUUCAAAUGGACAAGUAACAUACGGAGACACAUGAGGACACAUACCGGUGAAAAAUCUUUUAAAUGUGAUGUGUGUGGGAAGGCAUUCAUUUGGACAAUUGACCUAGAGAGACACAUGAGGACACACACAGAUGAUAAGUCUUAUAUGUGUGAUGUGUGUGGGAAGGCAUUCACUCGGUCAAGUACCUUACAGACACACAUAAGGACACAUACUGGUGAUAAACCUUAUACAUGUGGUUUAUGCGGGAAGAAAACCUACCAGUUAGGUCACUUAGAGUCUCACAUGAGGACUCAUACAGGUGAAAAACCUUAUAAUUGUGAUGCAUGUGGGAAGGCAUUCAGCCAGUUACAAAAUUUUAAGAGUCACAUGGGGACACAUACAGGUGAUAAACCUUAUAAAUGUGAUGUGUGUGGAAAAGCAUUCAACUGGCCAGGAAAACUACAGAUACACAUGAGAACACAUACUGGUGAAAAACCUUAUAUAUGUGAUGUGUGUGGGAAGGCAUUUACACUGUCACAUCACCUACGAGAUCACGUAAUUAUACAUACAGGUAAAAAACUUUUUAAAUGUGAUGUGUGUGGGAAGGCAUUCAACAGAUUAAGUACUUUACAGACACACAUAAGGCUACAUACAGGUGAAAAACCUUAUAAAUGUGAUGUGUGUGGGAAGACAUUCAGCCUCUCACAAAACAUACUGAAACACAUGAGGACACAUACAGAUGAAAAAUUUUAUAAAUGUGAUGUGUGUGGGAAGGCAUUCAAUUUCUCAGAAAGCUUACUAAGGCACAUGAGGACGCAUACAGGUGAAAAACUUUAUAAAUGUGAUAUGUGUGCGAAGGCAUUCACCAGAUUACAUAACUUACAGAGUCACAAAAGGACACAUACAGGUUAAAAACCUUAUAUUUGUGAUUCGUGGUGGAAGGCAUUCAACCUCUCACAAAACGUACAGAGUCACAUGAAGACACAUACAUGGGAAAACCCUUAUAAAUGUGUGUAUGUGGGAAGGCAUUCUUACACUCACAGCACUUCAAGAGUCACAUGAGGACACAUAUAGAUGAUAAUCCUUAUAUAUGUGAUGUUUGUGGAAAGGCAUUCCAUUGUUCAAAAAAUUUCAAAAGACAUUGUAAAAUACAUAGUGGUGACAAACCUUACAUGUGUGAUUGUGUAAGAAAAUCUGUGAAAAUCGGAUUUAAGCAAACACAUGAGGACACAUACAGAUGAGAACUCUAUGAUGUGAUGUAUGUGAAAGGCAUUUAAACAAUUAAGUAACUUACAAUUGUAUAUUUUUUUUUGUAUAUUUCUAUUAAUAUUACUUAGAUAUACGAGGGUCAUUCAAAAAGUUCGUAGACUUUUGUCCAAACUUUUUUAUUUAACGUCAUAUUAUAUCCA